UGCUUGGUCCUGGCACGAGCCUGCCAGUUAGAGCUGUGUCCGCCUUACGGUUAGUACGAUUUAGUUAGGAUCCUUGUGUGCUUUGUGGCUAUUAUGGUAUAGUUCCUUGUCCGAUUGAUCAUUCAUGCCGACGCGGUGCCGCAGCUAAACAGCUAAAACCAACUCUAAACACACACACAACACGACCUGGACACACAGACAUAAGAUAAGCAGAAAUCUCCAAGCAUCCAAUGCACUACACCAGCAGCAGCAGUAGUCGACGCGUGUAACAGAGAAGAAGAAGAAGAAGAAGAAGAAGAAAAAGAAGAAAAGGAGGAGAAGGAAAAACCUAUUUAAAAGAAAAACCCAGAGGACCACAACCGCUAUUGCAUAAAGCAAAAGUAUCGUAGCUGUUUUAUAUUGACAUUUUACAAAAGAAAAGGAAAACUCUGCAAAACCGCUAAAGGAAGCGACGAACCCCAAACUCGCACAAAAAAAAAACAAAAAGAACGAAGCAAAAAAAAACAACAACCCCACAACACUCCUUCGCAAGAGCCUGAGACUGAGCGACGAGAACGACAGCAAGGUGGUGGUGGUGUGUGAUAGGCAGCAGCUGCUCAACGUUUGCCAAAUUCUGUCCCCGUCACCAGAGCUGUCAGUGCUGGGGUACCGGUACGUACAGGGGGCAGGCACGACGAUGCUGGCCAUGUCGACGCUGAUGAUGCCGGCACCGACGAUGGCGCUCGGCGCGCCGCAGCUGGCGGUCGGCCCGCACCAGAAGCCGCCGGAAGCGAAGCUGCUCGCCAUCCAUCCGGCCCACACGCAAACGCAAACCACUCCCCAGCAUCAGCUGCAGGCGCAACAGCAGCAGCAGCAGGCGCAACAGCAGCAGCAGGUGGCGGCGCAGCAGCAGCAAGUGGCGGCGCAACAGCAUCAACAGCAGCUUCAGCAACUGUCUGCAAUUAAGCAAGAGCAUUACCACAUAUUCGUGGGUGAUUUGAGCCCGGAAAUCGAAACGCAAACACUGAAGGAAGCAUUCGCCCCGUUCGGAGACAUAUCUGAUUGUCGCGUUGUUAGGGACCCUCAAACAUUAAAAUCUAAAGGAUAUGGAUUUGUUUCGUUCGUAAAGAAAACGGAAGCGGAAAAUGCAAUUGCGGCUAUGAAUGGGCAAUGGCUUGGUUCGAGGAGUAUUCGAACUAAUUGGGCAACUAGGAAACCCCCUGCAAGCAAAAACGAAAUCAACGCAAAGCCACUGACAUUCGAUGAGGUGUACAAUCAAAGCAGCCCGACCAACUGCACCGUCUACUGUGGUGGGAUCGGUGGCACAUUGGCGGGCGGAUUGAAUGAGGACAUUUUGCAGAAAACCUUCUCACCGUUCGGUACCAUACAGGAGAUCCGGGUGUUCAAGGACAAGGGCUACGCAUUCGUAAGGUUCUCUACGAAGGAGGCAGCCACUCACGCCAUCGUUGCGGUGCACAACUCCGAAAUCAACUCCCAAACGGUCAAAUGCUCGUGGGGCAAGGAGAGCGGCGAUCCGAACAAUGCGCCCUCGCUGGCCAGUCAAGCGCUCAGCCAGACCGGCUUCCCGUUCAACACGGCGUACGGCCAGCAGGUAGCUGGGUACUGGUAUCCGCCGGCUCCCGCCUACCCAGCAACGCCGGCACCGGCUGCCACACCACUGCAGGGCCAGUUCCUGCAAGGAAUGCAGGGAUACACGUACGGCCAGUUUGCCGGAUACCAGCAAGGAUACAUGGGCAUGGGUAUGCAGAUUCCCGGAGCCUGGCCAGCCGUACCGGCACAAGCGCAACUGCCGACUGCCGCCCAGCAGAUCACGGCCCAGAGCGUUGGCGGAGCGCUGCCCCAGACGGCCGGGGUCGUCGCCUACCCGAUGCAGCAGUUCCAGUUAGCUGAAGACGAAUGGUUAGCGCCAAGUCUUCUAGUGUAGCUUCCCUGAUGGCCAUCACUGUGCGGCUGUGUCUCACAGCGUAAUUAGAAUGCAGAGGGAGAGAGAGAAUGGAAAAGAAAGUAUUUGAAGGUUUUUCAAAACAAACAAAACAAAUCAGCCUGUUCAUCUAACUAUGUACACACACUCACACAUACGCACUCAAACACACACACACACACACACACACACACACACACACACACACACACACACACACACACACACACAACUCUACAGACAAGCGAAUACGAUUCCGGUGGUACAAA